GUGGCGGUGGACGCGCUUUCAUGUGACCUAGAUGUGAACCCUCUGCUGGUCCAAGACUCAUGUAUUUUGAUACUGUUUCAGGUUUUCUCUUCUGGAGUCGCCAUGUCUACCUUUUUCAUUGCAGCUGUUCUCAUCGCCCUGCAUGCGCUGCCCUCCUCAGGUCAAGGUGUCGAGGGCUUCAAUUCAGAGACUGAAUCACAGAAGGAUUUUGAGACGAGUCUGAAACGUGAGUGCGGCUGUAACCUGACCAACAGUCACUGUGACGAGCUGGGAGUCUGUCGGUGUGACCCGGGUUGGGGCGGCCAACACUGCGAUCAUUGCGUACCGAUGCCUGGUUGUGUCCACGGCUCAUGUCAGCAGCCGUGGCAAUGCAGCUGUGAUGAGGGGUGGGCGGGGCGCUUUUGUGACAAAGAUCUUUCCGUGUGCUCGCAGCAGCAUCCCUGCCAGAAUGGAGCGUCCUGUGUGAUGGAGGACAACGGCGACUACACGUGUCUCUGUCCUGAAGGUUUCCACGGCAGACACUGUCAGCUGAAGGCGGGGCCAUGCCACAAGAAGAGGUCUCCAUGUAAAAAUGGCGGCCAAUGUGAUGAUGACAACGGUUUUGCAGCAGAGUUGAUGUGUCGAUGUCUGGCUGGAUUCAUGGGUCCACGCUGUGAGACCAAUGUGGACGACUGUCUCAUGAAACCAUGUGGGAACGGUGCCACCUGUCUGGACGGCGUCAAUCGUUUUUCGUGCCUGUGCCCUGCUGGCUUCACCGGACGCUUCUGCACUGUCAACAUGGACGACUGCUUCAGCCGUCCCUGCCUGAACUCUGGACGCUGCCUGGACCGCACUGGUGGAUUCCACUGUGUCUGCACUCCGGGCUACACUGGGCCCACCUGUGAGACGUUGCUAAGGAACCAAGACGGAUGGGAAGGAGGAGGAGGUGGGGUUAGUCAUCACAUGACCACCGAGAGCAGAAACUACGGGACGAAGGAUAACCACAGUCGGUCUGAUGAGCGGCUGUUUCGAGUGACGGUCAGCGAGCGCAGUGCUGCCGGGCUGUCGCAGAUCCAGCUUACAGUAGUGUUGGCGUUGGCGGUGCUCACGCUCGCUGUUGUGGCACUGACUGCUGGGCUUGUGCUGCACACUCACUGCAGGAACUGUGGGUUUCCCCCCUGCUGGUCAACACGGACAUCAUCGUUAUCUCCCGAACGGAAAAAUGGGAGAGUGCAAAGGGGUGACCAGGAGCAACCAACCAGACUGUUAAAUGGCCCUGAGGCAGAGAAGAAGAAACUGAACCUGGAAAUUGUAUAGCGAGGACAGCGAUCACCUGACUGGGAUUUAACCCACAAUGCACCAGUGCUGGUGAUAUGUAAAGACAGAAUGCACUCUGACUUCAAGACUUUAAUGAUGAUGACAAGACUGUGGUGAUGAUGAUCAUCUGAACCAAUCAAACUGACUAUUGUUGUAAAUAAUAACUUGGGAAUAAUGUGCUGAACAACACGUUUUCGUGACUGUGAUGACAUCACAUCCUGAUCUGAUGAAGUUUUUGUUAACACUGGAGACUCUUCAGUUAAUUCCUACAUCCAUUUUUUAUCCCAAGUGCAAAAAGUGGCGUUUUAUAUAAAACCUUGAUACCUACUCUAGCAUCCUUGAUUUUUAUAUUUUCUAAACGUUCCUUCCAUCACUGCUGUGACCUUUACUCUAAAACCCUGCCAUCCGUCAACACACACUUUUUUUUCUAUAUCCUGCCUGUGUGGUAACUUCACUCUAUUAUAUUCCCAAUGACCUUUUAAAAUAUUUCAUCAUAUUUUACACAUA